AUGUCGGAGAGUAUCAAGCUUGGAGAUGUCAGCGGCAUCUCCAUCGUCGACUUUGCACCUUUCCUGGAUGGCUCAAACAAGCAGGCUGUGGCAGAUGCUAUGAUAGAGUCCUUCAAGGCAAUCGGCUUCGUCUACGUGGUCAACCAUGGUCUUCCAAAGGAGAAGAUUGAUGAUAUGUUCGGAUGGUCCAAGCAAUUCUUUGCUUUGCCGUUGGAAACCAAAAUGCUUGCUCCGCAUCCCCCAUCCGGAAAGCAUCCACGCGGCUACUCCCCGCCCGGCCUAGAGAAGGUCUCGCAGCAUGUGUACGACGAGAACGAACUGGACAAGAUUCGUACACGAGCUCCCGAUGUCAAGGAGAGUUAUGAAGUUGGCCGCGAAGACGAUCCUAUGGCCAACAUCUGGCUGCCAGACGGCAUGCUUCCCGGCUUCAAGGAGGCAUCUCUUGAUUUCUUCUGGACCUGUCGAGAGGUGCAGCUCACUAUUCUACGUGCCCUCUCCUUGGGGCUCAACCUUGAAGAGGACUAUCUCGAGAAAUGCCACACUGCGGUUGAUAAUCAGCUACGGCUUCUGCAUUAUCCCAGCGUCCCUGUUGAACAAGUUGAGAGACACGAAGUGGAGAGGAUCGGCGCUCACUCUGACUUCGGGAGCAUCACGCUCCUAUUACAAGACGACGCUGGCGGGCUCGAGGUAGAGGAUCCCAACAAGCCUGGAACGUUUAGAGCUGCAACACCCGUCGAGGAUGCAAUCAUUGUCAACGCAGGAGACUUCUUGGAGCGAUGGUCGAAUGACACAAUAAAGAGCACGGUGCAUCGUGUUAGGGCCCCUCCGUUCAACAGAACCGCGGAUGGCAUGGCCCCGGAGCGCUACUCUAUCCCAUAUUUCUGCUCUGCGGACUUCUCGCGCGUUGUGGAUUGUCUGCCCGGCACCUACUCUGAUGACAACCCGAAGAAGUAUCAGCCUAUUUCUGCCUACCAAUACGUCAUGGACCGUCUGAAUGCCCUGUAUUAG